UCUCUGCCAUAGCUCAUGCACCUGCAAUCACUCAUCAAACAACAGUCAUUAUGAUGCACACAACAACAACAACAAGAACAACAAAGCCUCUUCUCUUCUCUUCUCUUCUCACUUACAUGUGUUUUUCUCUCUCCAUGUGUUUCACUGUGCAAACCUCUCUAUCCAUCUCUAUCCAUUGAAAUAUACACAGUGCCUCCCAAGAAAAUCCCAAAGAAAGCUGCUAAACCUAAAGCUGUUGUAAAGCUGCACUCUUAUAUAAAUCAUACCCUCCAUAGAAUAAAAGAGAGAGAGAGAGAGAGAGAGAGAGAGAGAGAGAGAGCCACCUUUUCCACCUCCUCUUGCUCCUUCUAUCUAUAUUAUAUAUCUCCAUCACUUGCUAUAGAUCAAGAAGAUAUCAUCAUCCUCAUCAUCAUCAUCAACAACAACAGCAGCAGCAACAACAACAACAACAACAUCCAUAGUCAUGUACUUCUCUUCUCCAUCUCCGGCCACUGCAUCACCUCUGUCCGGCAACCCAAAGAAAAAGCGCCGGCCAGCAGGAACUCCAGAUCCUGAUGCAGAGGUUGUAGCUCUAUCGCCCAAAACUCUAUUAGAGUCAGAUAGAUACAUCUGCGAGAUAUGUGGACAGGGCUUUCAACGUGACCAGAACCUACAAAUGCAUAGAAGACGGCACAAGGUGCCAUGGAAACUAGUUAAGAAAGAUGCUACUGAGAGCAGUGGAGGUGGUAGUAGCGGAAGUGAGGUGCGCAAGAGAGUGUAUGUGUGUCCGGAGAGCAGUUGUUUACAUCAUGAUCCUGCGCAUGCUCUCGGUGAUUUGGUCGGCAUUAAGAAGCACUUCAGACGCAAACACAGUGCGCACAAACAGUGGGUGUGCGCGCGCUGCGGUAAGGGCUAUGCUGUUCAGUCUGACUACAAAGCUCAUCUGAAGACUUGCGGCACUCGUGGGCAUACUUGUGAUUGUGGCCGUGUUUUCUCCAGAGUGGAGAGUUUUAUUGAGCAUCAAGAUGCAUGCAUGGCUAAUCAAGCAUGUAAUCAAAGACCAUCUGAAUGCAUUGAGUUGCAGCUGCUACCGACAUGCAAUAACACCAACAACAUCUUGAUCUCUUCUUCUACACCAUCAUGUUAUGAAGAGGAGGAGAUUGCUACUAACUUAAAGCUCUCAAUUGGUCCAGAACCAAGAGGGAUGGAUGAGGAAGCAAAGGUGGAGAAAGUAAUGGCUGAUCAAGCGAGAGAGAAUGCCAAAAGAUCAAUGCAAAUGGCUGAGUUUGAGUUCAACAAUGCUAAGAGAAUCAGACAAAGAGCACAGGCUGAACUAGAGCAAGCUCUAGCACUUAGACAACAAGCUUUCAAUCAGAUCAAUGUUUCUAUGCUUGAGAUCACUUGUCAUGCUUGCAAGAAAAGGUUUAGCUCUGAUGAGACUUCACCAACAGCGGUGAGCUAUAUAUCCUCUGUUGUCACUGAAGGUGAAGGUGAGAAUGAUAACCAAAACCAUGAGCCAUAAUAGUUCAUGUAUUUGUUCUUGUUGUUUUUGUUUUCGUUUCGCUUACUAUAUACACCAAAGUGAUCAGGGAGGUUAAUUAGUUUGGAUGGUUGU